AUGUCGAAAGUCUGGUUCAUCACAGGCACCUCCCGCGGACUCGGUCGAGCCCUCGUCGACCACGCACUGGCACAAGGCGAUAAGGUUGUUGCCACGGCUCGCAACCCAAAAGUCCUCGAGCCCCUCCAAGCGCAAUAUCCCGACACGCUGCUCUUAUACCCCCUCGACGUCACAGACUCUUCGGCUGCGCGCGCAGCCGUCUCCGCCGCGCUCGACAAGUUCGACCACAUUGACCUCCUCGUCAACAAUGCCGGCUACGCCAACAUAGCCUCUGUCGAGCACAUGGCCGAAGACGACUUCCGCGCUCAGGUUGACACAAACUUCUUCGGUGUCGUCAACGUCACCAAGGCGGUGCUGCCGCACUUCCGAGCCCGUCGCGCCGGGCACAUUUUCCAGGUGUCCUCGAUCGCCAGCCGAGGAGGGACGCCCGGAUUGUCGGCGUACCAGGCCUCCAAGUUUGCCGUGAGCGGCUUCUCCAUCUCGCUCGCUGCCGAGGUUGCGCCCUUCAACAUCAAGGUCACCUCCCUCGAGCCCGGCGCCAUGCAGACGGAUUGGAUGGGCUCGUCGAUGAAGGUGCACGAUAUCGACGAGGCGUACCGCGAGACUGUGGGCUCGAUUGCAGGGCAUGUCGGCAACCUGGACAGCGGCGGGGUGGCGGCGUCCGGAGGAUCGGACAUUGCGAAAAUCGGCACCGUCAUCGAGACGCUGUACAAGGCCGAUGACCCGCCUGUGCGGGUGCUCUUGGGGAAGGACGCGGUGAACUACGGACAGCAUUUCAGUCAGCAGCAGGCUGAGUCGGAUGCUCGGUGGAAGGAGUUGAGCGAAUCGACAUCGGUGUAG